AUGAAGCACUCACAAUUGGCCCCGCUUCCGGACGACUUGCCCUUUCGCAUUGUCUCGAAGACGAUUGGGCAGGGUGCGUAUGCCUGUCUCAAAAAAGCGUCUCCUCUGCACACAGACUCCCCUAUAUUUGCCGUUAAGUUCAUACACAAGGAUUAUGCCGCUCGUCAUGGGCGCAUCACCGCAAAGCAGCUUGAGAUGGAAGUGGCCCUUCACAGCCACGUCGGAUCCCAUGACAAUAUCAUCGCUUUCUACAGCACCGCUGAGACUGAUACGUGGCGAUGGAUAGCAAUGGAAUUAGCCGAGGGUGGUGACCUAUUCGAUAAAAUUGAGGCCGAUGAAGGCGUGGGGGAAGAUAUCGCUCAUGUUUAUUUUACCCAACUCAUCAAUGCCAUUGGGUUUAUGCACUCGAAAGGAGUGGGCCACCGAGACAUCAAACCAGAAAACAUUUUGCUGUCUUCUGAUGGGAAUCUGAAAAUUGCCGAUUUUGGUUUAGCAACGCUGUUCGAAUACAAUGGAAAAAUGAAAAUGAGCACGACGCUGUGUGGGAGCCCCCCAUACAUUGCCCCUGAGGUGAUCCAGUGCAGUAACCGUGCGCAGUCACGGAGAGAGGGCUACAGGGCCGACUUGGCUGACAUCUGGUCCUGCGGAGUCGUCCUUUUUGUCCUGUUGGUUGGUAAUACCCCUUGGGAUAGCCCUACGGACGCGAGUUAUGAGUAUUGUGACUAUGUCAAGACGAAUGCAAGACCGGAAGAUGAGCUAUGGCAGCGGCUGCCCUCCGCCGUUUUGUCUUUGCUUCGAGGCAUGAUGAAAAUUGACACGUCGAAGAGAUUCUCCAUGGAGGAUAUACGACGCCAUCCAUGGUUCACCAAACAAAAUAAAUACCUUUCCUCCGACGGGCGCCUAUUUAACCAAAUCAACAUGGCUACUACGAUGUUCGAGUCUCUACAUAUAAAUUUUAACAAAGAUCCUUUAUCCUUGUCCCAAAACCGGUUGACUUCUAGCCAAGAUGUGACGAUGAUUGAUCAGCCACACGAGGACGUGAGACCGAAAUUUUCAUCUACCCAACCCGAGGUUUCAACGGAUGAGAUGUUGAUUGACUGGGAUGGCCCGCCUCGCUUGACAACGAGCUUCCCGUCCGCCUCACAGCCUAAAAACAUGCCAACCACUGGGGAUGGCGCCAUGUUAGCGGAGCUUCUCAUGGACGAGCCGUCCAUGUCCCAAUUUUCUGCGACUCCAUCAGUCCCAUUGAGUCGGACACAGAAUGCUGGAACAUUCAAGGACAUUAUCCCUUCUUCGGGGUUAACCCGAUUUUUCUCCAGUUGGCAGCUCAACUUGCUUGUACCGCGCAUCUGUGAAGCCCUUCAGCUGCUUCACGUUCCGGCUUCCCCUAAAUCGUCCGAAUCGUCCAUUCUUAUCCGAGUUCGCACAAUGGACGAUAGGAAAUGCCCACUAAGUGGGAACAUUAUCCUUGAAAUGAUCGCAGAAGGGAUUGCGGAGGUUGAGUUUGUUAAAGUCAAAGGAGAUCCGCUUGAAUGGAGACGAUUUUUCAAAAAGAUAACAGUACUUUGCCAAGAUGCAGUUUUGAGACCUGAUAUUUUGACUUAA